CCAGCGGCGGCGCUGCCUCAACCAUAUGACCUCAACGGAUAUGCUAACCGGAAAUGCUGUGAGCGAGCGGGAAGUUGAAAGUUUGAGUAUCUCAGAUAAAACAAAUCCUUUUCUAAGCUUCCUUACUUGUAUUACAGUGAAAGACCUUUCAUAAGAGCAAAGAUGGCGGAUAGAAAUCUUAUGCAGGACUUGAAACGUUGGGCUACAGAGGAGUUCAGUCUCCCCCCGGAAAGUCUGCCAAAUGACAGCUAUUUUAAAACGCUCUGUGUUGGGACAGGGAAAUCAAUUUGGAAUCAUGUCAUCCAGCAUGUUUUCCAACAGAGGAACGUGAGGAUUAUGCGUGGAAAUCUCCAGUGGUACAAAGUUCUUCAAGAUAAAGAACUGAAGCAGGCCGAGGGCCAAAGUGAGGCUGCUAAGCAGAGAGAGCUUCAGAGGAAGAUAGAACAGCUGCGAGCUGAGAUCAGUCAUCUGGACUCUCAGAUCAGUGGAACAGAGGAACAGUUAGCUACACAAGAGCAGUCCAUCAACCGUACCUGGGCACAGGUGGAGGACAGCCAGCGCAGAGAGCUGCUCCUACAGGCCUUCAGGCAGCGCUGCAUCUUAGGCCGGAAGUUGCUCUCCGGUGAUACACAGAAGAUCAGCAUGCACUGCCAGGCACUGGAACAAAUGACCAGGAAAGCAGAGAUUGAAGUGCUGUUUGAUGAUAAGCCAUCUGGCACCAGUGAAGGUGACAACCUUAACUCCAACGCUGCAGCAGAGGCACAGGUCCUGCGUGAAGUGAGACAGCUGUGUGACGAUAGGGUUCACUUCUAUCAGUCUUUGCAAGAGAGUGAAUUGAAGACGGCACACUCUGCAGCCAAGCAUAUGACUCGUGAACAAAGGACUGCUGUGUUUCAGUACUGGCUGAGUGCUGUGGAAAACCUGGUAGCUGGUUAUCCUCCAAACCAUGUCCUCUCAGCAUUGGAGUAUUUAGCUUCCAGAGAGCAGAAGGAACUGGAGAAUAAACUCUCCUCUCUGGAUGUGACACAAGAUGUGACAGCUCUACGGUUUCGCUAUGAAAGUAAUCACCUACUGGACAUGUCGGCAGAGGAGGAAAAUGACUUGCCAUCGGUUAAGACCCUGUUAAGGGCUGCUUGGGAGGAGGUGGAGCAGAGCCUGGUGGAACUGGCACAGACUCGCUCCAGAGUCCGACAGCUCAGAGACCAAUUGCAGGCCCACAAGAAGGAGGCUGAGCUGGAGGUGUCUGGUAUUGCGGAUGACCUGCACAAUGAUACCUUGGCACUAUCAGCUCUGGAGGUGGAACUCCAGUGUGUAAUGAAGGCAGCAGCCAGGGAUCAUAUCAGAGACCGCUGCAUCCAAUUUGACCAACAUGCACGAAGCCGACAGGAGGCGAUUAGGAACCUCCACAGCCAAUGGCAGAGCAUCCUUGACUUCAGACAACUAGUGGCCCUCAGACAGGAGCAUAUCAGAGGUCUGAUUAAGGGAAACUCCUCAGCUAAGACAGAGCUGAUCCGUCUGCAGAGAGAGUUACAGGAAUUUAUCAAUGGCAAAUUGGUACCACAGUUUGAGAAUGUCAUCGCUGCAGCCGACGGUCUCAGGAACGCCAUUUCCAAGGAGGCCAAACAGUUUGGCACGGUUUCACUUCUUGCUCUGGACCGUAGAACUGUUGAAGGAAUCCAAAGAGUCCCCGCAUCAUGGUUGUCCAUCCAUCGCUUGCAGUCCCCGUCCUUCAGCAGCUUGUGUCAGAACCUGGCAUUCCCACUGUACAGGGCUUCAGAGGAGUUGUGUUCCCAGGCGUGCUCCCAGCAGCUUGAGUUGCGUUUUCUCCGUCAUAUACUGGAACUUCACUCUGCUACUCUGCAGAAAACACAGAAGGAGGCGGCGUUGCUCCAUGCAUCUGAUCAGAAAGCUCUGCUGUCCAGAGUCGUGCAGGAGGAUCAGAAGCUUCUGAAGGCUCUGAUACCAAGAGUCAGAGGCCUCACUCAACGUUGCGCCCAAGGCCUUACUUAUGGAGUCCAAGUCAAAACUGCCAUCUCAUACUGGUGGGAGCAGCCUGCCCAGCAUGUCCUACCUGAGGUCAGUAAAGGAGGACUGACUUAUCAGCAGUGGCUGCAAAGGUGGAAACUUGCGGCCAAAGCCUCUUAGGGGGUGCAUCAUAGUUUUAAAAAAUUCAGAGGAGAUUCCUUACAGCACCUUUCAGUGGCAGAGUGCCCAUGCUACAGUAGGUAGAAAAAUGUACAGAUGGCUAUAAUUGCAGUUUUUCAUGACUGGGACUCCUUCCUUUUUUGUUGUAAAAGUCAGUCGUGAAUAAAUCAUUUUAAAUCCAAUAAUUUGUUCCUGUCUUCUUGAAAUGCAUUAAAAACACAAUAAAGUUGUUGAAACCUGCCUCCUGCUCUUGUAUUGAACUAGCUGAAUCAUUGAUACAGUUCGCUCAUAUGCCUACUGAAUGAGCUGCGGGUAUCUGUCAUUAAGCCCAAUAUUGAUCUGUCUGACAGUCAGUGCCCAGCCUGUCGUUGAUAUUCUACUUAUAGGCACAGUGUGAACUAUGUAGCCAUCGUUCUGCACGGACUAACAUUGUUCCUUUGUAGCAGUGAAGGGGGAGUGGAGCAAUCUGAUUCUUGUGAACUCAGCUCCUCCCACCGUUGCGGCUGCGCAGUUCAAUUUUUCACUCCUCUUUUUUUCAAUUUUUCACUCCUACUCUGGCUUCCGGACGCCAAGACAGAUCGCUGCCGCCGAAUUUAAAGAGACAGACGAUAGUUAUUUUAAAUACGAUAAACGGCAACCAUUGUCUCGUAGGUUAUUUUCCGACGCUUCCUGCCUGAGCUUGUUUAAUUAGAUGGUGAUGUUUAAUCAAAGUCGCGGCGAGUAGCAGCUUGUCUGUCAUCACCGUCCACUCUGCUGGGUUUUCCGUCCUUUUUGCGCUGUACCGAGAGUGUCCAGCUAGGCAAAGUAGGGUUGCUUGCUGGCAGGCUGGCUUCCCGACCGAGAGGAAGGUUUGUCGGCUAGCCAACAACUGGAGG